UUUGUUUUAGAUUUUUUUUUUUUAACAAUAUGCGGUGCAGUAGUCCGUACUCACUAGUCAUUACUCAGUACUGAAGAUUUCAGCUCAAGUUUUUUUAUAAUAAAUUCUCACCGUAAACCGAAUUAAUUUUUAUUCCGUCAUUUUUAACCUACCGGCAUGCUUACACGAUUGAACGAAACUACUGCAUAAUGCUUGAAUGAGUGACCAUGUAGUAUCAGAACAACUGGACCGACCUAUAAACAAGCUGUCGUCACGGUUUCCAUUUACGACACAACAGGAGUUGACGCGUCAUCGACGCGCUAUAACCCAGGCCCCCAACCAACCAUUACCCACUUACAAGCUGGUAGUGGUCGGUGACGGUGGUGUGGGGAAAAGCGCAAUCACCAUUCAGUUUUUCCAGAAAAUGUUUGUAGUAGACUACGAUCCAACUAUCGAAGACAGUUAUAUACAGCACACGUGUGUAGAUGAAGAAUUCUGCAUUCUUGAUGUAUUGGACACGGCUGGCCAGGAAGAGUUCAGCGCAAUGCGGGAACAGUACAUGCGAAAAGGAGAUGGUUUCAUGAUUGUCUAUUCUGUGACAGAUCCAAACAGUUUUAAAAACGUACCAAAUUUCUUCACUCAAAUAUUGCGGGUCAAAGAUAGAGAUCAAUAUCCAAUAUUGCUUGUUGCUAAUAAGGUCGACUUAGUGCAUUUACGCAAAGUAUCCGAGAGUGAAGGACGAGAAAUGGCGAACCGAUUAAAUUUGCCAUACAUGGAAACUAGUGCCAAAGAUCCACCACAAAAUAUUGAUGGUGCUUUCCAUGAGGUGGUACGUAUAAUACGCAGUCAUCCUAAAGAAACGCCUGAGGAUCGUCGACGAAGACGACCUAAAUGCCAUAUUAUGUAAAAAUGAUCAAAAUGUAUUUCAAAUAUGCUCAAAUUGAGGCAAAUUCAAAGUGAAACGUCGCACACAAUAAAUAAAUUUCAAAAAAUUCAAAAACACUAAUUAAUCAAAACUAUUAUUUUAAGCCGAGUUUGUUUAUAUUAAAUUCCAUACAUUUUUGUAUACAAAUAAGUUUUAAUUAAACGCUAAAUAAAGUCUGAGAAAUAUUUUGAAGAUAAGAGAUGACAUUUUUUUGUAUAAUUGAAUAAAUAACUUUGUUGUGUGUUAUAA